AUGACGACUCCAUCCGUCGCGUCUUCGGUCGACCAGGUGACCCGCCCCACGAUACCACUCAAGUCGAAAACGGUUGGAAAUUACAUAGGACUGAUCGGAAAGUUCGGACACCGUUGUUGGGAAGCAAAAGAGCCUCUACGAGACCUAUUUCACACUCAGAUCCGUCGCGAAAUCUUGCAACACCUCGACGGUUUGUUCGGAUCUGUGUCGACUCAAGACUCCAUCAUAGUUACUCUGUACAUGAUCGGCCUAAGAUCGAGCACCGCUGCACCUACCGUCCUAUUCGUCUCUGAGAACGAGAGCAAUCGUAAAGCUGCUCGCAAGCUGAUCAAAGAGUGCGGCAUUCUCAAGCAAUGCCGCGGCUGGAAGACUGCCCAAGCCCCAGUAGAUCCUGGUUGGGGUGCGCAAUUGGAACAGCUCGCCUCAGGCCAUGGAAUCAACAACACAGGUGGUGGCAGUGGUCCAGCAACCCAGGUUCUUUACGAUCCUUCGCGGCCCCUUCGAUCGCAAGGGAUGACUUUGUACAUUUCGCACCCUUCUGGUCUUCGCACAAUGACAGCAAACCUCAUACGACUACAUGGAAAGAUAGCCUAUCUCGCGCCUGCACACGCUUUCUUCGAUAGGAAAGACGAGUCAACACUGAAGUACGACGACUCUGUCGACGACUUUGAAAUCGACAGCGACGAUGAGUUGGAGACCAACUUGGCGGAUGACGACAUUAUUCAUUACCCUAAGACCGAGCUUGACGAUCUAGAGUCCGAUAAAUGGUCUUGUUCUGAUUACUCAGAAGAUUCUGACACCUUCUCCGCCAAAGAUAGUGGAAAUGAAGCAUUCUCACAAUCAAGCUUCGGAUCAUCGGAACUAACAAACAUUGCAGAUACGACCAACUACGGUAUUAUGGAUGGCGCAGCGUUGCAACAAGCAAGAACCAAACUUCAAGUGCCUAUCCAAGAUCUGAGUACUCCAGCCUCGAACUCCCUUGCACCCUUUGGUGUCUUGUCACGAUGGUCUACCGACAAAGAUUGGGCGCUUGUGGACGUGUCAACCGAUAGCGAUUCAUAUACCUCAGCUUUCUUUGACAUAAACCCAGAGGACUUAAGCAAGAUGCCGAUCGCAAGCUACAAUCCUGCGGGUGCAGCCAUAGUGACUCACACCGCGUCCAGUGGAGAAUUGACCGGCGUCAUGUCCAGUACGCCAGCUGACAUGUGCGUACCGCAAGGCAGUUCAUUCCAUGGAGUCUUCCCGGUCAGGCUGGACGGCCCCCUUGCAGACGGUGACUGCGGCUCGGCCGUUGUUGAUGCCAUUACCGGCGAGCUUUAUGGUCAUAUUGUGGCCGGCUGUCGAACGACUGGCUUUGCCUAUGUGAUGGCUGCAUAUCAUGUCAUGCCAGAUCUAUACAAGGCUAUACAGACAUAUGAAUUAGGACCAUCCAGCACUGGCAGUACUGCUGACUGCUCUGUCGAAUCGCCAGGGUCCGUCAGUACAAUCACAACAGGCCCGAGUGCGCGUGCAAUCCGAUCACGUGCGCAACAAUCCCCGUGGGACUGCAACACGUUCAAACUUCAAACGCUGCAUAACAAUAUCGUUGACUUCUCAGCAAAUCCCGGAAAGCGAAGCUUGACAGAUGCUGCCCAGACUAGCCCAUACACUGCAUGCCCGUCACAUUCUUUUACUGAAGGUGGUAUCGAGCAGCGCAGAGGUAUGAUUGUGUCGUUGUUGGCCUCUGAAUACUCAUUACCGAUACCUACAUCUCAACGCAAUCCAUUCGACGUUGGCAGACCCGUACCUCCAAAGAAAACUUUUGAACUGGAACGCAAAUUGACGACCGCCGACCUCGACAACUCCUCCUUCCCAGAUGCCCCUGACAGCAGUAUCACACUUGCUCAGCCUCGUGUGACAAUACCAAUGUACGCUAUUUCGACGAUCGAGGCACUAGUCGUAAGCCCCUCCGCUGCACGCGAUCGCACGACAAAUGGAACGUGGUUCCAGGGUGAGAACCAUAAGGUAUCUAGUAGAGUCUCUUACUUACCAACCUCGUUGCGGUCGGGAUCCCGUCUCGUGAAUGACUCCUCUGGCUCGGGACCUAGAUGCAACAAGCAGAGCAACGAGCUCGAUUUGCGGAACACGACCAGAAAGACGUCGGCAACGCCCUUUCUCAGCCUUGAAGUAAUCCCUGCGCCUAUUAGAGGAAGCCAACCCAUCGAUGGUAUCGGACACCAAGACAGCUUCUUCGUGCAGCCCAGUCAUACACAGACUGCUCUCGAUCUAGUUUGGCAAUACACCGCUCAGGAUGAUGUUGAGUCGAUGGAGACUCCGGGUCAAGACGGUAUACAAUUAGCCGAGGACUGGAGAGAGAGCAUGCAGCACCACGGCUGGUGCAACAACGAGUCCAUGGACUUUGUUGACACGGCUGAUACGAUAUCGGAAAUGUCGCUGAACUUGGAUGACUUCGCCGGACAGACCGAUGCCGCCACGCCUGACUUGAAGACUUUGGCGUCGAACCCGAUCGAUUCUGUUGGCAGGAACAUCCAGCCAUGGUCGCCGUACGCUCCAAUGCCCAUGGCUGGCAGCAGUGUCAGCAGAACGUGA